AUGUUAUUCCUCCUGUUGAUAACAUAUCUUCUCUACCGAAAUGAAAAUGUCUACAAAAUUCACAGAGUUGUAUCCAGUUUAUUACAACACAUUCAUGGUCAAUCUGUUUUACGCAAAGUGGAUUCCGCUAAUAUAUUUUUUGUCGAAACGUCCGGUUCUUCGUCAUUAAAUGUUCGUCAAGCAUGUGCUAUUGAAUCGACUGCUCGUCAUCACCUAUCAGCUUCAGUUAAUGUGUUAAUAUUCACUGAAAACAAUAUCCCAGAUAUCUUCAAUUUAACGCGUAAUUAUACUAAUAUUCAACUUAUAAAAUCUACUUUUCAAGAAAUAUUUCGAGAUACUCCGUUAUUGAAGUGGUACGAGAGAAAAGAAUGGAAUAAGAGUGAACACAAAGUAAUUCAUCUAAGUGAUGCCGCUCGAUACGCUUUGAUUUGGAAGUAUGGAGGAAUAUAUUUAGAUCUCGAUAUUGUUAUGUUAAAAUCUAUGAGUUUUCUAGGCAAUUUUGUAAUUAAGGAACAUGGUGCAUCUCUAGGUAAUAGUAUAUUUGGUAUAAAAGAUCAUCAUCAUCCUUUUCUAUUAAAUUGCAUGAACGAAGCUAGUAAGGAAUACAGGACUAAUUUUUUUGCAUGCAUUGGUCCACCCUUUUUUACUAGAAUCUUUACUUCAUAUUGUAAUGGAAGCAACUUAAACGACCUCCAGAAGAGAAAUGAUUGUGACUUUACAAUAUUAAAUCCGAAAGCAGCAUUUCCUUUGUUCUAUGGUAGAUGGGAGGAUUAUUUUUCCAAUUCUUUAGCCAAAACAGUUCUUCGUGAAAUUAAAGACAGUUAUUUGAUCCAUGUCUGGAAUAAGCUAAGUUCUACAAAAAUACUUCAUGCAGGUUCGGGGUCUGCAUAUGAACUAACUAUGGCAAAUAAUUGUCCUUUUGUUUAUGAACAAGCGGUAAAAUUAGGGACGUUUUGAU